AUGAACGCGCUAUCGGGGUUCAUAAGGGACUCCCAGCCCAAGACACAGUCGGCAGAUCACGCCAUUCCGACGCUCUGUGAUCGACUCACGCAUGCCACACUUCUGGAGGACCGACGGUCCGCCGUGCUGGCUCUCAAGGGUCUGUCCAAGGAGUACCGAGAGGCUGUUGCUGCUGGAGGUAUGAGAGGCCUUAUUUCGGCUCUUACCAAGGACAAUGACGACGACGAGACGGUGCGAGCGUCACUCGAGACGCUGCUCAUUCUGUUUCUCGGAAACGACUCGGACGACAGAUCUACCCGUGGAUCACUGACCCGAAGAGGUCUCAAGUACAUUUCGCCGCUACUAAGAGACACCUCUUCCAUAGACUUUAUUGCUCUCUGGCUUACAGACGAGUUCAGUCAGAACAACGAGAACUUUGCGACCCUGAUCGGUCUACUUUCGAGCCACGACACAUACAUUCGACUCUACACGCUCAAAUUGCUCGCCGCAGUGGUCCAAAACCGAUCCGAACGAGUCCAGGAAUGCAUUCUGGAGGUGCCUGACGGUCUCAUGAACCUGGUGGCUGGUCUGGACGACCCCACCGAGUUUGUCAGAAGUGAAUGUAUCAUUGUACUCUCUUCUCUGGUACUCGGUAAUGCCGAUGUCCAGAAACUGGUUGUAUUUGAGAACGCCUUCCACAGACUGUUCUCAAUUAUGGACGAUGAGGGGGGUCUGCAGGGUGGAUAUGUGGUAGGAGAUUGUCUGACUCUCCUCACCCACCUGCUCAGAUACAACGUGUCCAACCAGGUAGCUUUCCGAGAAACCUCCUGUGUCAGCCGUCUGGCCCAGCUGCUGGAACUGCCUCCGGAUAUGGAGUGGAACGAGCAGACGACCCGAAACUGCACUCUCGCUCUCGAAACCUGUUCUCUGUUUGUUCCUGAACAUGGCAGUGUCACUCGAGCCAACCAGGACGCCUUCCUCAAAGCCGGUGUUCUGUUCUCAAUCCUAAGACUCGCAUUUGGAGCAAACUCUUCCACUCCCAUUCGGUCUUUUGCUCUCAUCACGUCUGGAAACCUGCUUCGAGGCAACCACGCCAUUCAGGCCGAUUUCGCAGCGGUCGAUGUGCCCUAUGUGGACGUCUCUCAGCCUCCUGCUGUUCGCGUGCCUGUGGUUAUGCCCGUUAUUCUGGCGCUCUUGAAAUGGACCCUGUCUACUCAAAGUGUGCAUUUCUUUGAUCUGCGAGUCGGUGCAGCGUACUGUCUGCAAGCGUACUUCCAGGGUAACCAUCAUGCUAAACUGGAGUUCAUCAAGCAGCAGAUUGACGCUUACAACCGCCGAAACAAGAGCGGUUACGAGGAGGACAAGAAGAAUGGAAUAAAGGAGGAGACUGAAGAGGACACUAAGGAGGAAAAAGAGACUGCCCACCACGAGUCUGAUUACUCUCAGUAUGACUCAGUAUCUGAUAACAUUAUUGAGGCCCUUGUCAACUAUGAUCCUGACAUGAAGCUGAACCCCUACAGACCGUGGUUUGCAGCUGUGUUGCUUCUCCACAUCAUCAUUGACUGCCACGAGGCCCAAGUGGAGUUGCAAAACGUUGUUGUUGGAGAUGAAGAUAUUGGAGAGGACCCUGUCAGCUUCAUCCAGGCCAUUGCUGGUGUGAUGGUUACUUGUCUGCCUCUUCAGGAGCCUCGAAUCGUCUUUGGUUAUGCCAUGCUUCUCAUUACUAUCCUGUAUGAGAAUGUCGGAGCGGUUUCAGACUUUCUCGGCGAGUCUUCUACCGUCGAGGCUCUUCUUGCAGUCGUCAGUAGAUCACAGUGCACUCCUCUGAUGGAGUCUAUGUGUUGUUUGAUUCUAGGUACUUGCUACGAGUUUUCCGACGUCGACUCUGCGAUGAGCCGUGCUGAUCUCUACUCCUUGCUGCGAGGUUCUCUAGGUGCUGACCAAUAUCUUCUCAAGACAAAGCGACUCAAGGACAGUUCCUACUUCAAGGAUUUCGACUCUGAGGAUAUUCUCAACGCCGAGAAAGAUGACGUGGCUGGUCUGCCAAAGGUUUACUUUGACGAAAUUUUCGUCGAGCUUGUCAAAGAGAACUUCACUCGUCUUUCCAGAGCACUGUUGAAGGAUCCUAGUCACUCUGCCGGCGGAAAGAUCUCUUACGAGCUUGUUCAGAGUCUCGAGGACAAUGUCAAGUCUCUCACAGACGAGCUUGAGGAGGUUUCCACUGCUCUGUCAGAGACCAAGUCUGCUACUUCCGCUGAAAUCAAGGAUCUCAAGGCUAUUCGUGAUGAUCUCGAGCGGGAUCUCCAGGAGACUGAUACCCGACUCAAGGAGGCCCGUGGUGCACUUGAAUCUCUCGAGGGCAAAUUCCACACGAAAGUUGCUGCCGAGAAACAGCUCCAGACUUCUCUGGAGGCCGAGAGAAAGAGCGGCAGUGGUCUGCAGACCGAGCUUGCAGAUCUGAAGAAGAAACUACAGACUCUGACGCAGCAAAAGACCCAGCUCACCACUCAGGUCGAGACUCUGACUGCUGCCAAGGACAAGGCCGAGUCUGGCAUCAACAAGAUGAGCAAGGAGCUUUUCCAGCUGACACGAGAACGAGACGGAUCUGACAAGGAGAAGAAGGGGCUUCAGAAGGAGCUGGCGGAGCUAAAGAAGCAGGACUCCAGCAGACGAACUGAACUCACAGCCCUUGCUGCCAACCUCAAACAGGUGACUGCUGCGCGAAGUGAUUUUGAGAACAGACUUAAGGGUUUACAGAGUGAACACUCCGAAACCGAAACUCUCAAAGACAAGUUGAUUGAGAAGCUCAAGAGUGCCGCUACUCAAUUGGAAGACCACAAGUCUCGAGGUGCUAAUCUUGAGGGCCAGAUUCGAGAGCUUCAGGGUUCUCAUGAAGCUUUGCAAAACAGUUACGAUGAGCUUCAGAAGUCGCAUGAGCAGCUGUCUUCUGUUGGAAAGGACAAUGAGAGUCUUGCUUCUGAGUUGGCCGAGCUCAAGACCAAGCUUUCAAAAAUUGAGACGGAGAGCUCUUCGCGAGCCGACAAAGUUUCUGAGCUUGAGAAGUCACUUUCAGCUGCCGAGGCUCAGAGCAAGUCUGUUGCUGCCGAGAAGGAGAAGGUGUCUGGCCAGAUUGCUACUCACGAGGAGACUAUCAAGCGCCUCAAGGAGGAACUCUCUGAGAGAACUGCUGAGCUUGAUAAGUUGAAGAGUGAUCUUGCCUCCUCGGAGAAAGAUCUGGCUUCCAAGACCAAGGAUGUAUCUGCCAAAGACACCGAGAUUGAGAAGCUCAAGUCUGAGUUAGAGACCGCAAACUCCAAACUUGCUUCUACUGCCAAGGAGGUUGAGAUUCUGACCUCUGAGCUCAAGGCCGCAAAGUCUGAUGCUUGUGACAGCGAAACCAAGAUCAAGGCUGUCGAAUCAGAGCUUGUUGAGCAGAAGUCCAAGGUCGAGCACCUGAAUGCCGAGCUGGCUGCAAAGUCUUCUAGUGUUGAGUCUGGCGCUGCUGAGCUUGCUGAGAAGGUGGCUCUGGUGGAGUCUCUUACUGCGAAGCUGGAGUCCAAGGACAAGGAGUUAGCCACCAAGACAGAGGAGCUGUCUGCCAAGGAAAAGGAGCUGGAGACCAAGACUUCGGAGCUGGAGACCAAGACUGCGGAGCUCACUACCAAGUCUAAGGAGCUCACCGCCAAGUCCGACGAAGCCACCACCUACUCCGCCAAGGUCAAGGAGUUGGAGACAUCCUCUGCUGCUCUCGAAAAGAAACAGACGACUCUCAAGGCCAUGGCUGACAACCUGACAAAGGACCUCGCUGAGAAGACCAAGGAGCUGGUUGCUGCCAAAUCCGAGCUUGAGUCCUCCAAUACCUCUUCCAAGGAGGAAGUUGAUGUUCUGACGAAGAAACUCAGUGAUGCCACUGCAGAAGCUGUUGAAUUGAAGAAGUCUUCUCAGGCAGCCGAGACCGAGGCCUCUUCUAAGGUCUCUGCUUUGGAGGCGAAGCUGACCAAGGCCUCCGAGUCCAGCAAGGCUGAGCUUGACAAGGUCAACAAGCUGCUGUCUUCUUUCAAGGAGAAGCUUCAGACCAGCAAGGAUGAUCAUUCAACCGAGGUCUCCAAACUCACUGAGCAAGUCCGGGAGAGCACUCUGAAGGCUGAAAACUUCGAGCAUGAUAUUUCUUCUCUCAAGGACGAUCUUGCUCAGGCCGAGAAGGAGCGAGAUGCUUUGCGAACCGAGCUGGACACUAGUAUCAAGGAGAUGGAGAAUGAGCGAACUUCACUGACCAAGGAUGCUGAUUCUGCCACCAAGGAGCUCACCAACAAGGUCUCCAUGCUUCAGACCAAGCUUGACGAGCUUACUGCUUCCCACAAGAAGGCACUGGGCGACUCUGAGACCGAGGCAAAGGGUCUCAAGAAGGAGAUCAAGGCUGCCCAGGCUGAAAUCAAGACUCUAGAAGAGGUAAAAGCCAAGUACGAGGCCAGCCAGACGGAUAUCAAGGGUCUCGAGAAGCAGGUUUCCGAGCUGACGGAGUCCCUUGAGACCAAGACUUCUGAGACGGAGGCUGUCAAGACUGCCCUAGAGGAGAAGCUCGAGGAAGCGUCUUCUGCGAAGUCCAAGCUUGAGACCAAGGUGACGGAGUUGGAGAAGGAAGUCGCUGACAACCAAGGUAAGCAUGGCAAGGCCGCUUCUGAGCUUGAGGCGUCGGUCAAGACUCUCAAGAGCGAAAUAUCGACCCACAAGGCUACUAUCGACGAGCUCAAGAAGAGUGCCGAGACCGCAGCUGCCGACACGAGCUCCGAAAGAACCGAGCUGAUGUCCAAGGUGACUGAGCUGGAGACCCAGCUUGCUGAUGCCAAGAAGGAGCUCGACAAUGUGAAGUCCACUCAUGCUGACGGCUCCAAGAAGCAAGCUUCCGAGCUGAAUGAGCUCAAAACCAAGUUGGAAGAGGUUGCUACUGCUAAUACCAAGCUUGAGACUGAACUCAAGAACGCUUCGGCUAAGUUGGAGGAGGAGCAGGCUGCGAAGACCAAGCUGUCUUCUGAUCUGGAGGCCAAGACUAAGGUGUCUGCUGAUUUUGAAACUGAGUUGAAGGCUUCUCAGACCCAGCACGAUGAGGAGGUUGCUUCUCUGAAGAUGGAGAUCAAGAGUCUUAGGGAUGAGCAGACUUCCAAUGCUUCUUCUGCUGGCGAGUUCAAGGGUAAGAUUGAGAAGUUGGAAGUGGAGCUGAAGACAAAGGAGACUGAGCUGCAGACGAAGGCUUCAAAUCUCGAGUCUGCGUCUUCUGCACUUGAGGCAGCCUCUAAAGAGCUGAAGUCUAAGGCUACGGAGCUCGAGUCUGCAUCUUCGGAACUGAAGUCUAAGACUAGUGAGCUUGAAUCCAAGACCACCGAGCUCAAGACUAUCAACACUGAGCUUAAGGACAGAACCAGUGAGCUCAAGACAAAGACUACGGAACUCGAGUCCAAGUCUACAGAGCUCAAGACUGUGUCUGACACGCAGAGCGCCACUGAAAAGGCUCUCGCCGAGCUCCAGAGCAAGUACGACGAGUUGCUCAAGACCAACAAGGCCAAGUCUGCAGCCACUAAGGACAUGGUGCCCAAGUCCGAGUACGAGGAGCUGAUGCUGAUGAUCACCGAUUUGGAUGAGAAGGUCGAAAAAUACAAGGAGAAGCUGGAGGAGCAUGGGGUGGAGAUCUCGGACGACGAUGAUGACGACGACGACGACGACGAUGAUGAUGAGGAUGAUGAAUAA